AUGUCUCUCGAGAUGAAUUUGAUCAUGGGGGAUAAGUCUGAUGAAGGAAACUGCUCGGGAGAUGCGGCAGUCAAACCUGAUCUAGGGAAGAACGCCGAGGUCCAGUUCGUGUUGUCUCUGGCUAUCGGUGUCUCGGCCUUCCUUCUCUUCUGUUUUUUACGCCCACGAUGGCCUUCCCUCUAUGCUGCGCGAAAACGUCGUCUCGACCACCAGCUUGGUCUACCUACCUUAUCCAAUUCCGCCUUUGGAUGGAUACCUACGCUUUAUAAGAUCACUGAGGAGCAAGUCUUGGCUUCUGCUGGACUUGAUGCCUUUGUGUUCCUAAGCUUCUUCAAGAUGGCAAUUCGACUCUUCGCUGUCAUGGCAUGUUUCGCGACUCUUAUACUCUUACCAAUAAAUCACAUCUAUGAAGGCUUCUCACCCGGGAAAGGUGAUUCCGGCGAUAAAACACCCGACCUCAACGCAUUUUACGAAUCGGAUCAAACCAUCUUCUCAAACGCGAGCUUCAUCGAUGUGCUCAAGGGCAAGGACAAGGCAGAUCAGAGCUGGAUAAAGACUUGGCUGUGGGCUUAUGUCUUCUUCACCUACUUCUUCGUUGGGCUGACCGUAUACUAUCUUAACCUUGAAACCCAUCGCGUUAUCAAGUUCCGUCAAGACUAUCUCGGUUCCCAAUCUACCGUUACAGACAGGACGUUUCGCCUCACAGGCAUACCGGAGGAUUUACGAUCGGAAGACGCCAUAAAAAAUCUGAUCGAGAAGCUGGAAAUUGGAACUGUCGAGAGGGUUCUAAUUUGUCGGGAAUGGAAGAAGCUUGACGACCUUGUCGAUGCGAGAGACACUGCACUGAGAUGCCUUGAGGGCGCCUGGGCCACGUUUCUUAAACACCAGCGGCAAAAGAGGAAAGACAACGGACACCAACGAAGGCGCGACCGCGAGGUCUCAGAGACUGGUCAAGAUGAAGCAAAUGGAGACGCUGGAGAAAAUGGACGCCUCCUCGAUUCAGAGCAAGAGCCUUGGGAUUCAGGUGACGAAGGAAGGCCUAAAGUUAACAUACGCUAUGGUACUUUUGGCCUACGAUCCCGCAAUGUGGACGCUAUCGAUUAUUACGAGGAAAGACUUCGGAGGUUAGAUGCUCAGGUCACCGAGGCCCGCAAGAAGUCGUAUGCACCCACGGACAUGGCGAUCGUUACCAUGGACUCCGUUGCGUCGUGUCAAAUGGCAAUCCAGGCACGCAUCGACCCUAGACCGGGUCGCCUUUUGACAAAACUAACCCCAGCGCCCUCGGAUCUUGUUUGGAGAAACACGUACGCGCCUCGGGGCAUUCGCCGUCUCAAGUCUUGGGCCGUCACGACUGUCAUCAUCAUUGUUACCCUCGUCUUCAUUACCCCGACUGCUUUCCUAGCUGGUUUAAUGACUCCUUGUGCAAUCGAAAAAGUAUCUCCUGCACUGGUUAGAUGGUUAAAAGACCACACCAUUAUUUAUUCUCUGGCAUCGAAUGGUUUGCCGGCACUGGUUGUCUCGCUUCUUAACGUUGCUGUUCCUUACUUGUACGAUUUUCUCUCCAACCAACAAGGAAUGAUUUCACAAGGCGACGUGGAGCUGUCGGUUAUCUCCAAGAACUACUUUUUCACCUUCUUCAAUACCUUCUUCGUUUUCGCAAUCUCGAAGACUGGGAUUCAAUUUUGGUCUGAGUUGCAGAACCUUGUCAAGGACACAAGCAAGAUCCCAGCAACUAUAGCCCAAGACGUGGGAGACCUCUCAGUCUUCUACAUUUGCUUCAUUAUGCUACAGGGAAUUGGUCUCAUGCCCUUCCGAAUUCUCGAGGCAGGAAGCGUGUUCCUCUAUCCUUUCCUCAAAUGGCUAUCCAAGACACCGCGCGACGCUCUUGAGCUCAAGAAGCCUCCUGUUUUCCAGUAUGGCUUCUUCUUGCCUACCUCAUUGCUCGUGUUCAACCUGUGCAUCAUAUACAGUGUUUUGAACUGGGGUUUCUUCAUUCUACUUGUCGGAAUGGUUUAUUUUAUCCUUGGAUAUUUCACCUUCAAGUACAUGGUACUUUACGCAAUGGAUCAACCUCAACAUGCCACCGGCGGCGCGUGGAGAAUAAUAUGCUACCGCGUCAUCGUUGGCUUGCUUGUUUUUGAGCUCGUCAUGGUGGGCCGGAUCGCGGCGUCUAAAGGUUUUAUUCAAUCGGUUUCCGUCCUGCCGCUGAUUCCGUUUUCCAUUUGGUACACCUAUUAUAUCAAGCGCCGAUAUGAGCCUUUGACCAAGUACAUUGCCCUCCGUGCCAUUAGGGCCAACGAGGACUCGGACGAUGCAGCUGCAAUGGAUGAUGCAUUCGAGGAUGAGAAUGCCGCUCGACCUUCGCAAACCCUUUUGCGCCGGGGAAGCACAUUGGAUGAGUACAAGGAGAAGGGAAUGCAGUUCAACAACCCCAGCCUUGUUGCUCCGCUCCCGCAACCGUGGAUUUACGACGAGCCACCACCUCCAAUUGUUACGGAUGACACACAGUCGACGCAGGAGAGUGAACGCCCUAUUCUGCAAGGUGUGGAUGGCACACUUGCCGAAUUUGACACUUGCCAUGGCCUCUGUGUCGCUGCAACAUUCUCGGUUACUGGUGGGGACAGCAGUCUAGGGGACCCAGGAGAACGUGCCGGUGUCACGUCUAUUAAACUCGAUCCACCAGAGUCUUCAGACACAGACAUGCAGAUGAUCGUCCUCUACACGAUACCCCUCGAUCUGUUUGCCGUCAUAUCAGAAGGUCGAUGUCGUCAAAUGUGCAUGAAUGCAACCCAGUAUGAGGAGGAAGGUAAUAUGUUGGGUGGAAUGGGCGAACGGAUCAAAGGAAGUUACAGCAGCAUUCAGCUUCCAGGAAGUCCCUCCGCAGGAAAGACAUUGCCUCGCCCAGUCGAAAUCCGAGGACAGCCCGUUUCUGUCUGUCACAAUCUGGUGGAGCUUGCCAUGGAUUUGGGACCCGACACGGUUCUUUGGGCGUUCAGCACACAGGGGUGGGCACGGGCGUGGGCUUUACGUAGCGGGCGUGGAAAGACCUCGAGCCGUGCUAUUGUGCAAGCAGACGGUACCUUACGACAGGUCGAUUUUAAUGGCGACUAUAUCAUGAGUGACAACGAUCAGAUUGUCACAGCACCAAACGUGUUUGUUGAGCCUUUGACGAAUUUAGAAACAGCCCUGUCGACAAAGACAGAUGUGGCUUUUCAACUGCCGCAGGUCGAACGAUACCACGGAUGCGCUACCAGGAUACUGGAAAGCGACAGCAAUGAAUGCAUGGUCAGUAUAGCACUAAAUGGAAUCGCGAAGGUCAACAUGGAACUCAAUUAA